CUCAGUUAGACUUGGACAAAGGUGGAAGUUCUGCUUUCUGUCCUGCUCUAGCCUCCCCCAAUACACGCGGGCGCGUCUUUGGGGUUGAGGCUUGACAGGACUCACAGCUAACAGCACUAAAGCGUCACCGGCUUUAGCACUGCGCUCCAAGGCUUCGGUUAGGCUUCUGGUUUCUGGCAUCUGCACAGGCUGCGCUAGCACGACUGCCGAGGUUGAUUAAUCACGGGCCAACAAUGCGAGACCCCUUCCAACUCAAAGUACUGUACAUUCUAUCUCAGUCUGCGUGUGCCUGCUAGCCAUGGUCAGAUAUGAUGACAGAGCUAUGGAUACUUAAACACGUUAAUCACAUCACCUACAGCGCUUGGCGUUCCUGACUUGGCCCUGUUGCUUGCUUGCUCGCACGCAAGGCUAAGUCAGAAAUGAACUACGCCUCUCAUCCGCAUCCUCCGACCUUGCUGGAACCCUCACGAUGCUCGGCUUCAUCCACUUUACUAACUCCAUUCUGGCGAGCAGAAUCCCGAUUCUAGAAUAGAUUCAUUUUCCUGUGCAACGGCUUAUUCCGUUUUGGACUUUUGUUAUGGCUGGCGUUGCGGCUACAGGACGUGCUCUCACCAUCUGCCAGCUUUUGAUCCCUUGCCCGAGAGUCUGGCGCCCCUAACCUCGUCGACCGUUAUUCCCCCCCACACCACGACAAGAUUGCCUGUUCGGGUAACUCUGGUCCGUGUCAAAGGAAACUUGAUCGACUUCGUCUCAUGUUAUAAAGCGCAACAUAAGCCUUUCUCUCCAAGGGUCUCCAUGAACGGAACUUCCCGUCAUGUACUCUGUCUCUUCUCAAAUCAGUCCAUCGCCUAAAGGAUCGUCGGGACGUCAUACCCUUAACCCAGCUUUGCUGACUCGGGAUCUGUCGAAGAAGAGCCUCCGGUUCUUGUCCUUGGAUGCACGACUGGCUGGCGUGGUGAUUCGUUCUUGAGCGAGUGAGUGUCAAGGACUGGUCCUGUCAACUUCAUGGAAUGACCAAAUGGGGACAUUGCAUUACAGCUCUCUGAGCUCUCUCGUUUGAGAAUAGUCCACUUCGAACUGAUCCAGUUGUUGCCCUUGCUGCCAAUCCCCAAAUGCUCAAACUCGGGCCGUUGAGCUUACCAUAGCAUCACUAGCGGGCGUGCAGCAUGCUGUGAUCUCGUUUGCCGCAGGAUCAGGAUCAGUUCAGGGGGUGACCCAGAGAAACGUUUGGGGGAUACCAUUCGUCUUCCACGUCAUCUCCCAUACCGAGAAACCUCACUGCGUUGCUGUCAAGAGUAAACAGGUUCGAUUGCAACCUCAUAUACGCCAGUUUUAGCCCAUGGCUAUUUGUAUUUAUGUCGUUCAAACCCCAUGUCUCCUUUCAACUACCUCUAGUAAAGAUGUACAAGGACUAUCACGCGAAUCUUGCAAAAGACCAAAAUCCUUCUAGUGAAAUGUCGUUCAAAGGAUCUGCAAGCAAUCUUGAGGAUUCGCCGAGAACAUGUCCUCCUUCUCAAGUAGGACAUCGCAAAAUUAGUGCUGUGGGUUGCGAGAAGAGUCAUGCGCCUGUUGCAAUCAAGUCGAGUUCGACGGCUAAAUAGGAUUACGGCCCGUUGUGUCGUAGGGAGGAAAGAUCGCGUGGAGAUGGUUGUCCGACUACCUGAUCUUGAUGCCAACCAUCUCACAAGAUGUGCAAUUGAUCACCCACACGCGAAAAGGCGAUGUUUCCACUGUGGUUUGGGAUGAUCUCCGGAUGCACCACUGUGGCGGAGACACGUUAACUCUGCCAGGCUCAACAGGGCAACUCAAAAGGGCGGCAAGGGACGAUCAUGGGGGUAGAGCCACCCCGAAAUUCAGUACAUACUGUCACAUUUCAGAUACCUCCUUGCUGACACCAACAAGUCUUGGGGGUAUAGCCAGUCGACAACACCGUUGCAGUCUUGUUGGACCGAAUCUCGAUGCUGGCAUCCCAAAUCCCAAUGAUGCGCGCCCUCAGCAGCCACUCGAUAGUCUCAACGCAACAUCGAUACCAGGGAGCUCUAGGAGUUUUGUUGCUGAGCUAUUUCUGUACGAAAACUGUUUCAAGCACCCCAGUUGCUAAUAGUAAGCGCUUUGGAGGAACCCGUUGCUGGAGAUCGCUUGCGACCGACAUAUAACCCUGUUCGAUAUUAGCUAAACCCACCAACAACCUAGGGCGGUGUUGUUUCACAAGACUGCGACCACAGUAGGUAUUCGGACUUUUGACUACAAUCUACCAUCGUCCAUGAUACACAAAGUGAAAAACAUGCACUAUUAGACUCGGAAUAAGUUGGUGGACGAUCAGCGGAUGUCGGUCCUGGCCCCCGAUGUGUUUCAUUGGAAACAGCUAAAACAGCUAUAGCAACAGCCUUAUCACUUCAGUUGCUGACGCCUCAAUUCAUCAAAAGGAGAACAUCAGUUUGGCGCUUGCCACGGUCCGUUAACGGGAUUCUUCCGGGACCGUUGAAUGUGCCCCCUUGCUUAUGACUGGGAUUAUUUCCAUGUGGCUUACCACGCUGUUUGUGACUAUCAGUCAAAACCUUUCCGCGAAAAACAUGGCCUUGAGACAAUGCAAUCUUGACAAACGUGAUGAAAACUGUUUGCCAGCCACCUCAUGGCAGGGCGUGGCAAACAUCUGUGGAGUGCAAUCCAAAGACAACUCCAGUGGCAUGUGGUGAUGGAGAAGGGAAUGGUAUUAAAUGGAUGCAACGUCUUGACACAUGUUAGCGCCGACUGCUAUUCAUAGCUGUAGAUCGUCACAGCCAUGGCUUGAAUGCAUUCCGAAGAUGUUUGCCUAUGACUGGAGCCGAAGUCAUAUUCGAUGCUGAGAGGAAACAAGUCAUGCUUAGAGGGCGAUUGGUACCCCGAUGAGAAAAUUUCGAAUCUCCCAUGUUCGAGUCUAAGCCUUGAAUUAGGUUUACUUUUGUUGGCCAUGUUGCUCCCUGUUAUGCGGUUGCUUGCCCCCAUCGUACGACCGUUUCAUAUUGCUUUUUCUCGAUGUAUCUCUAUGUGGUACAUAACUAAUUCCAGGGACGAAGAAAGACAAAGUCUGUCAGAGGUGGUAAGAAGAAAAACAUUGACAAUGAGAGGAUCAGUGACGAGCUGCAGCAAAUGGAACAGCACAUUCCACAAAAUAAGUGCCAGUACGGAGUUUACGGACAGGUCAUUGUGGAGGAUGUACAAUAUUGCUUUUUACCGGCCUCGGGAGUUGGUUGAUAUGAUACAUACAUGACUUCUGCACAGCCAACCGCACGCAUUGACCUUCGUACAUACACAUACAUAAACGUUUAUGUGUGUGUUUGUUUCCGUCAAUGGGUCGGGCCUUAUGCCGGUGGCCGUGCCCUACCGAUCGAUAGUCCCAGCUCUUGUGUGUGGUUUGCUCCCUCGGCGUGCUGCAUGUCUCAGAUAUCACAUGGAGCUGUGAGGGAGAGAAAGAGCGGGGAUAGCUUUAGCCGCCGUUGGCUAGUCGCCAUUAUUCCCCUUGAGACUACCAACGUAGAUCCCGAAUGACCUGUAAGUUUUGAAAAGUGCUAUGAUAUAGCCCCCCCAGACGUUACAGCACAUAUACCAACCUACACUAAUGCACCUUGUGUCUUAUGCGAGGUUAAGGACAAGCAAAUGAACACGAGUCGAGACUUUGGCCCAAGGCACUAAGAAGCCACCGAGUCAAGAUUCAAGACGCAACUGGCUGACCUCACUCUAAAUCAUCGAUGCGUGUGGCCAGAGACAAACACUCUAAUCAGUCAAUAUUUCACGUUCCUCUCAGGUUUCAUAUCGGGUCACUCAUAACUGGCCAAGGUGGAGAAACACAAGCGCUGUAUUGGGCGACCAGCUCGUCGACUUAGACAAGGUAGCUUGAAGUCUAUCUCUGGAGUAACCUCUUGGUAAUUACCGUCCCCAGCAAUGCUAGUGAAACGUCCAUCAUCGAUAGCCUCCGCCGUAGCUGGUAACUAACAUGCUGCAACUUUAACCAGCUAACCACGCCCCGGGCUCUGGGCCAUUUGAUGUUGGAACAUUAGAUACAUAUCGUGGAUCAUCGGUUGUUGCAUCGGCAUUCCUGUUGUCGGCGCGUGGAGUGAGUUCACUCGCGUCUGCAGAAAUCUGGUACAUGCUCAGGGUCCUUGUCAGGGUAUAGUAACUGGGACCGAUUUCGAUAUCGCUGUCGCCUGACUGCGUAGAUGCGACGGUGAGUUCAGGGGUAGAAUUAUGACUUCGACUACAGGCGAAGGAGACUGCGAAGGGGUUUGGUCCAGAAUCUCAGAACGAAACGGAAACAUUCCUAGGUCUCUGAACGGAACAGCAAAGGGAUCGUUCCGACUUGGGGUGUAGGGGGAGGUGACUGAUGUUCUAGGCGUCGGAACGCGAUCGUACAAUGAGCGUCCAUGAGUUAUAGGCUUUGUUGCUGAGGCUUCAAUCAUGUCCUCCUUUCGACAAUGUCUCCGGGGGUGGGAGCCACAUUUGCGACAUUGCCUCUCAGCAAAGUCCAGAGGAAUGCUCACAGCUGCGGCGCGGCGACGGUCCAUCUCCGCCGCCAACUGUGUCUUCACCACUGGCCUAGCGAGGCGCCUGAAAGAGCGCCAGCCUGCAGGACUGUCCAUUCUUCCCUUGACGCAUGGCCAACAGAGACACAAGGCAUACUCCUCGCCAAAUAAGUGCUCAUAGAUCUGAUAUUUACUAUUGCGGUGGGAGACCCUCACCUCUUGGUUAUCAGGGGGGUCUGGGAUCAUGUAUACAAGGCCACCAAAGUAAUUGACACAAAACCGUUCAUAUUUCUGGGGCGCGAGCUUGUGUGUUCUCCAGACGAGAUGGAUGUCAAAAUCGGUAAACCGAAUAUGAUCUGGAUAUUCGAACCGCCAGUAUCCGAUCUCUUCUCUGAACGUCUCCAGAGUGAAGAACCUCCGGUAGCGCUGGAUGGCGGGCCUCAACACCCGCUCAUUGUCCUCACGGGACACGUAUAUGCGAUGCCAAGAGAACUUGACAUCUUGUUCUGCGAGGUCAAGUUGACGCUGGACGGCUUUAUGGAAGUCGUAAAAGAAUCUCUGUUGACCUCUUGGUGUCAUAGCGAUAUGGUUCAGUCGCUUCUGAGAGAAAAGUCGGAUCACUUCUUGAGUCAUUUCAUUGGGGCUGACGGAGAAGACAUAAUCAACAGACAUGCUCAUGAGGCUGCAGGUUUCUGCCUCAUGGUACACACGGUUGAUCCUGUCCAUGCACUCCGGCGAAGGUUCGAACGAUCCAUGCCUAUUGCCGUCAAGAGCUUUUAACUAAGAAGAGUUAAUUGCUGAAUUCUUGAGCACCAGAGGAGUUGGUAAUACACACCAAUUCGUCAGGGUUCCACCGAGAAAACAAUAGUUGAGAGUCCUCAAUAAAAUCACCCCAUGCAACUGGGUCUUGCAAGAACGCAUGCCAUACGAGAAGAACAUCCAGGGGAGGAAUGUCUCUGUUCAGGUCAAUGUGGCCAUCAUGCGACGCCUUGAACCAAUCUAGGAGUCGGCGAACGCCCAUAUUGAUGUAGCAUGUCCAUGCUGCGGCUGGAUCGAUCAUAUGCCUCACGGCCCAGAUGUCAAUCUUGGGCUUAAUUGAAACGAAGUGCUCCAGCAAGUGACAAUGUAAAACAACAUCUUUCUCGUCGACUGAAGCGUGUAUAACCUUUUGAGUGAUGCCAAGCGAGUCCAAGUCGGAGAAAGGUGAAGUCGGUGGAUCUGUACCAAAAAGGAGUCGAAGUGUGCUUCCACAGACGUUAACGCCUAAUGCAGGGAGAAUGGUUUGCUAGACGUACUUGAUAGCCAGCUUCAUCAUUGGCUCGAGGAAUAGUACCCGAAGAUUCCGUAUGUCUCAAAGAAUAGGUACACUGUGGGUUGAAGCGAAGGACUCAAUGCCAAGCGCGAAGAGCUUCAUGCCAGGCUUGAGUAAAUCGAUAUCAGUUAUCCAGGCGAGCUACCGAGAAGCUCUGUAUGCGUCACAGAGAGGCAGUAGAGAAGAUCGCGAGCCUUUAGGCGAGGUAAAGCGAGAGUUUCGGUCAAAGGGAUGGUUGUGGCUGGCUGACUCUGUGCAAAGGAUCUUGGGGACCACAAGUGGUUUAAGUAGAUCACGUCAAGUUUGGACACACAGAUACGCUGGGGCGUCAAUGAUCAGACUCGUCAAUGUUGAUUCUCAUACAAAAUAGAUAUCGCGCACUCUUCAAAGUAGAUAGAAAUAGGAUAUCAAGGUUGGAUUGACUUCCAGCCUCAGCCUCCCGCGCGGGAGGCUUUGCUAUUACGAUAUGAUAUAGGCCCGACCUGGACAUUGGGCCUGAAGAGUAACCCCUAAGUCAGCGACACGAGAACUUAGAGGCGCCUAACACCUGCAUCAAAGAUGGGACUUUUGCUCGUCUAAUGCACAGCAUCGUCAGAUCUGCCAGGUCAGGACGCGUCUUAUAUGGGAGGCGGGUUGGCCCAACAACUUUCAGAUGUGUGGCGUCUCUCAUAAGCCCAUACUUCGUUUACCAGGCACCAGAAAGGAAGUCUAUGAUGCUUUGGACGCAGGAGAUUCUGACGCCUUGUUAUGUUCUCGGCGACUCCGGGGGACACGAGACGAAAGAAGUCAGGAUGGCUUUGGUGCGUUUAGGCAGUCUGAUCUGACCAGCGGCAUAUGCCGUUGAAGGCUGAACGAAGCCUUCGUGAUCAUGAGAAGCUGUGCAUGAGCUCGGUCGAGCAUACGAAGAUAUAUCAGAAAGAGACAAGUAAAAAAACAGACGAUAAUAUUGUGAUGAGACUCAAGCGGCUGGAGGUUCACAGCCCUCAGACCGGUCAACAUAGAUGGCUCGUAUUAUCCGAGAAUCCGAUGAGUAUUGCCGAGAAUGUCCCUUAGAAGCAUUUGCCCUUCAAAACGUCCCGAAAUGGUAGAGCUGUGGUGUCUAAGUUAUCAAGAGAUCAUCCAUUACUCACCGUGGCACCAAACUAAAACCCCACAAGCUAAGCGAGGUGCACUCUAAGUUGAGCGAGUACAAAGCAGCUAUGAAGAAAAAUGAAUUACGCUUGUAGUCAAUAAUGCAGCUGAUACAAAAGGUGUGUGUGGAAGCCAUAGACAGAGGGAGUAUCACGCAAAAAGGGGCGCUGUAACUGCAACAAAAGGCAAAA